AUGGUGAAGGAGCAGUUUAGAGAGACGAAUGUGGCCAAAAAGAUAAGUCACAUCUGUUUUGGCAUGAAGUCAGCAGAGCAGAUGAGACAACAGGCUCAUAUUCAGGUGGUCACCAAGAACCUGUACAGCCAAGACACCAGCCACACACCGCUGCAGUAUGGAGUCCUGGACCACCGCAUGGGAACCAGCGAGAAGGACAGACCGUGUGAAACCUGCGGGAAGAACCUGGCCGACUGUCUCGGUCACUACGGCUAUCUGGACCUGGAGCUGCCCUGCUUUCAUGUCGGAUACUUCAAAGCCAUUAUUGGGAUCCUGCAGAUGAUCUGUAAGACGUGUUCUCACAUCCUUCUCAGCAAAGAGGAAAAGCUUCAGUUUCUGGAUUACUUGCGUAGACCUGGACUGGCGUACCUGCAGAAGCGCGGCCUCAAGAAGAAGAUCUCAGACAAAUGCAGGAAGAAGACCACCUGUGUGCAUUGCAACGCAUUUAACGGCCCUGUGAAGAAAUGUGGCUUGCUGAAGAUCAUUCAUGAGAAGUACAAGACCACAAAGAAGGUCGUCGAUCCCAUGGUGUCAGAUUUCCUCCAGUCGUUUGAUAUCACCAUCGAGCACAAUAAAGAAGUGGAGUCACUACUGACCAGAGCACAGGAAAACCUCAAUCCUCUGGUCGUGUUGAAUCUUUUCCGGAGGAUUCCGAACGAGGACGUUCCUCUUCUGCUGAUGAAUCCUGAAUCCGGGAAACCCACUGACAUCCUGACAUGCCUGUUAGUGCCGCCCCUCUGCAUCCGGCCCUCCGUCGUCAGCGACCUCAAGUCAGGCACCAAUGAGGAUGAUCUGACCAUGAAGUUAACGGAGAUCAUCUUCCUCAAUGAUGUUAUCAAGAAGCACCGCAUGUCAGGAGCCAAAACCCAGAUGAUCAUGGAGGACUGGGACUUCCUGCAGCUCCAGUGCGCUCUCUACAUCAACAGCGAGCUGUCGGGCAUCCCGCUCAAUAUGGCACCCAAGAAAUGGACCCGCGGCUUCAUGCAAAGACUCAAGGGAAAACAGGGGCGGUUUCGUGGUAACCUGUCUGGAAAGAGAGUGGAUUUCUCAGGCAGAACGGUCAUCUCUCCCGACCCGAACCUGAGGAUCGAUGAGGUCGCUGUACCGGUGCACGUCGCCAAAAUCCUCACCUACCCAGAGAAGGUGAAUAAAGCCAACAUUGAGCUGAUGAGGAAACUGGUGCGUAACGGCCCUGACGUUCAUCCGGGAGCAAAUUUUAUUCAGCAGAGACACAUGCAGAUGAAGAGGCGCGCAUUAAUCCUGAAGGAGCUGUCCGUUAUCAGAGAUCACGCUGGCAGUGCGUGUUUGAGAGAACUGGACAAAAGCAACAGUCCACUGAUCAUGGCUCUGUGUGGAUCCAAAGGUACCAUCAGAACCUCCCUAAUGGACCUCAGAAGGCGUCUGGUGAAGUCUCUGGAGGACUUGUGCUCUCAGUACGAUCUGACGGUGCGCAGCUCCACCGGUGACAUCAUACAGUUCAUCUACGGCGGAGACGGACUCGACCCCGCGGCCAUGGAGGGAAAAGACGAACCGCUAGAGUUCAGAAGAGUCCUCGACAACAUCAGAUCAGUGCACAGCUGUCCAGGUGAACCUGUGCUGAGCAGAAACGAGCUGAUCUUAACCUCCGACUCCAUCAUGAAGAGAAAAGACUUCCUGUGCUGUAAAGACACGUUUCUGGAGGAAAUCAGAAAGUUCAUCAAAACGGUUUCGGAGAAAAUCAAAAAGACACGCGACAAGUAUGGCAUCAACGACAACGGAACGACAGAGCCUAAAGUUCUGUACCAGUUGGACAGAAUCACUCCGACCCAGCUGGAGAAGUUUCUGGAAACCUGCAGGGACAAAUAUAUGAGGGCGCAGAUGGAGCCGGGCUCUGCCGUCGGGGCGCUGUGUGCUCAGAGCAUCGGGGAGCCGGGGACUCAGAUGACCCUCAAGACGUUUCACUUCGCUGGAGUCGCUUCCAUGAACAUCACUCUGGGAGUCCCGAGAAUCAAAGAGAUCAUCAAUGCGUCCAAGAACAUCAGUACGCCCAUCAUAAGUGCCAACCUGGAUACCGUUGAUGACCCAGACUUCGCUCGGCUGGUGAAAGGACGCAUUGAGAAAACUCUACUGGGAGAGAUUUCCGAGUACAUCGAGGAGGUUUUCCUGCCUGAUGAUUGUUUCAUCCUGGUGAAGCUGUCGCUAGAGAGGAUUCGUCUUCUGAGGUUGGAGGUGAACGCAGAGACGGUGCGUUACGCCAUCUGUACGUCAAAGCUGCGGGUGAAGCCGGGCGAUAUCGCGGUUCACGGAGAGGCCGUGGUCUGUGUGACUCCGAGAGAAAACAGCAAGAGCUCCAUGUAUUACGUCCUGCAGUCGCUCAAACAGGAGCUUCCUAAGGUGGUGGUCCAGGGCAUCCCUGAAGUGGCGCGUGCCGUCAUUCACAUUGAUGAACAGAGCAGCAAACAGAAGUUCAAACUGCUGGUGGAGGGAGAUAAUCUCAGGGCUGUCAUGGCAACACACGGCGUCAACGGCAACAGAACAACAUCUAACAACACGUAUGAGGUAGCGACAGUCAGAGAUACACACACACUGAUCAAGCUGUUCACUUUCCUCAAUGUUCCUUCUGCAAACGGCAGUGUCUCUGAGUGCAUUAUAAUGGGAAUCCCCAUGAACAUCGGCACUGGACUCUUUAAACUCUUACACAGCGCCACGAAGAAGCCCAAUCCCCCGCGCAGGCCUUUGCUCUUUGACAGUCCUGAUUUCCACAUCCCUCUGGCCUUAUAA